UUAGUACCACCUGUAUUUCAAAAUGGGGGACCCAAACUCCCGGAAGAAACAAGCUCUGAACAGACUACGUGCUCAGCUUAGAAAGAAAAAAGAAUCUCUAGCUGACCAGUUUGACUUCAAGAUGUAUAUUGCCUUUGUGUUCAAGGAGAAGAAAAAGAAAUCAGCACUUUUUGAAGUGUCUGAAGUUAUACCAGUAAUGACAAAUAAUUAUGAAGAAAAUAUCCUGAAAGGUGUGCGAGAUUCCAGCUAUUCCUUGGAAAGUUCCAUAGAGCUUUUACAGAAGGAUGUGGUACAGCUCCAUGCUCCUCGAUACCAGUCUAUGAGAAGGGAUGUAGUUGGCUGUACUCAGGAGAUGGAUUUCAUUCUUUGGCCUCGGAAUGAUAUCGAGAAAAUCGUCUGUCUCUUGUUUUCUAGGUGGAAGGAAUCUGAUGAGCCUUUUAGGCCUGUUCAGGCCAAAUUUGAGUUUCAUCACGGUGACUAUGAAAAACAGUUUCUGCAUGUACUGAGCCGCAAGGACAAGACUGGAAUUGUUGUCAACAACCCUAGCCAGUCAGUGUUUCUCUUCAUUGACAGACAGCACUUGCAGACUCCAAAAAACAAAGCUACAAUCUUCAAGUUAUGCAGCAUCUGCCUCUACCUGCCACAGGAGCAGCUCACCCACUGGGCAGUGGGCACCAUAGAGGACCACCUUCGCCCUUACAUGCCAGAGUAGUUACUAACCAGCGAAUGGAGAAGACCAGAGAAUGCAGCAGCAAUGUUUUUUCUUGUUUUCUUACCACUUUAUUUUUUCAGUUUAAAGAAAAUGGACUCAUGCACAGAACACUAUGCAUUUUGAAACUUGUUCAUCCUGGAUUUUUUUUAAUCAUUUGUAUCUCAGAACUUAAAAAAAUUAGAUGUCUUCUGCACGGACUGUGUGAAAGAAGAUGCUUUGCAUACUUGCUGCACUGCAUCAGCAUCUUACUAAAAAUGUGAAAUGAAAGGACUAUUGUACACUGAAAUGCUUAAAUGUAUCUGAAAGCACAAGGUGAUACUCAUUGUUGAUGGUCUUCCCAUUUGUGCUGGUGUUUGCCUCUUUGACAUCUGUCAUCAGUAUUUGGAGGGUGAGAAGUGAAUGUAACAGGUAUAAAUAACAUUUUUAAAAACUUAAUAGCUUUGCUAUAAUCACCGUUGUUAAGAGCACUGUCAGAUUCAUUCUAAUGACCAGAAGUGGUUGUUUACAAAAGAAAUGACAACCAUGGGAAAGAAACCUUAAAUGACAAAAGCAUCUCAUUGUAGGCAUUCUUGCCUUGUAUUUUACUGGGCCAUGUUUGUUUUCUUGGUACAUAAAUACAUGUAUUUUUUUUCCCAGAUCUCUUUCCCCAAGUUGCUGUUAUAAAAGGUAUUCUGCUGAGUGUGGAUGCGUUUAUACACAUUAAAGCAGAUACGGAGUCUGAAGUAGCUAAAGCAGCUAUAAAACUGAGAAAUACAUUCAUAGCUGCAGAAACCGUAAUAGGUAGAGGACUUUACUUUGGUUUUUAUUUUUUUUAUUUUACUUUAUUUUUUUUUGGUGUUAAAGCAAAGAGAUUUUAAUUACAAAAUAAAUCCAGUGAAUUGUUCUGAAAUUCUGGUUUCUACACCAUCCUAAAGAAAAAGGCGGAGAGUUUUUGGACUGGGAAAAAAGUUGUUAAAAAGUUAAAUUGUAAAAACACAAAGUUCUAAAAGCAGAACUCAUUUUGUGCAAUGAACAUAAGGAGAGACUACUGUAGUUUUUGUUUUGUUCCUUUUAAAUGAAGAAUAUCUUUGCUUAAGGGUUGCAUACUUUUGUUGGAGUAAAUCUGAGUGAUCCUGCUCCUUUGGAGUAAAACUAGUGCUUACUGGUUUCCAAUUGUAUUUAGCUUCUGGUUGGAAUUUGAAAAAAAAUGAAAACCUAAAUAAAAUAGGUGAAAGUUCCCUGACUAUUCAGGUGAAUACACAAA